ACAGAGAUGUGUCACAUUUGCUGCUAUGCCUUGUUCACCCACAUUAAACUCUAAUAUGUGUGUGUGUAUGUGUGCCUUCACAGAUUCAACCGUCUCUCUCGCUGCUGCAGUGUCUGCUGUUCCUCUACCUUCAUCAUCAUCAUCAUCACCUCCUCCCUCCUCUGUCUGUCUGGCCCCCCUCCCUCCUCCUCCUCUCGCUACUGGAGGCAUGGCGACAAAGAGAACGAGAGAGAGAGAGCGAGGGAGAGAGGCAGGGUGUAGUGGUGCUGUGAAGGAGGCUGCAGAGCAGUGAGGAAGAGGAGGAGGAGGAGGAGGAAGAGGAGCUCCGCUGCUUUCAAUGGAGGCGACGGCGGACAAGCGACACCGGACUCGCUCGCGAAGCCUGGCAGGUGUGGAGGCGGCGACGGCCGAACUCUUCAGCUGCCCCACGCCGGGCUGCGAUGGCGACGGACACGUGAGCGGGAAGUACGCGCGGCACCGCAGUGUGUACGGCUGCCCCCUGGCCAGGAAGAGGAGAGCUGAGGAGAAGCAGCCGCAUGAGCUGCCCGCCAAGAGGAGGAGCUACCAGCCAGGCCAAGAGGGGGAGGGGGAGGAUAGCACAGAGUCCUACGGUAACCACGACCCCAAACAGGCCGAAGGGGAGGAGCCGGGGGCGGAGGAGGAGUUUUCUGAUGAGGAGAUGAAGACUGGCAUGGAGGAGGAAGAUGAUGGUGAUGAUGAAGAGGAGGAGCAGGAGGAUGAAGACGAAGAAGAGGAUCAAGCUGUUCACCUGCCAGACACGAGGCUCCACAGAAGCGCCUCCAAGUCGCUCCACCGAGACGACAACAACAACGACUACGGCGGCGGUGGCCAGACAGACGACUUCCAGAACUACGACGAACUGGUGGCCAAGUCUCUGCUGAACCUGGGCAAGAUCGCUGAGGACGCCGCGUACCAGGCCACCACCGAGUCUGAGGCCAACAGCAACUCGUCUAACAGCGGCGAGGAGGACGAGGAAGAGGGUGGCGAGCAGGGACGCCUGAAGGGCUCACUGAGCGUGGACCUGGACAGCGACGUGGUCAGGGAGACCGUGGACUCCCUCAAGCUCUUGGCACAGGGCCAUGGCGCCGCACUGGCCGAGGACGGCUACCCGCUGGACUCCCUGGUGCAGGAGGGCGAGCGUGUGCCCGGGGGCCAGGAGGAGGACAGCGAGGAGGAGGAGGUCUGCCUCAGCAGCCUGGAAUGUCUGAGGAACCAGUGCUACGACCUUGCUCGGAAACUGGAUACAGCAGACGACCAGCUGCGGCACCUGAGCAGGCUGGAGCCGCCGGACUCCCAGGGCCAGCGCUCCAGUCCAGGGUCCCGCAGCUUCAGCCUGCAGGGGGACGAGGACACCACCUCAGUGGCCUCAGACCCCUCCGACGAGACCUAUGACAUGGCCAAGGGGAACCUGACCCUACUGGAGAAGGCCAUCGCCCUGGAGUCCCAGAGGGCCAAAGUCCUGAGAGAACAACUGGAGCCGGAGAGGAAGCGUGGCCGGCAGGACUUUCACCAUCAUCACCACCACCAGCGCAGCCAUGGAGAGCACAGCGCUGAGGAGCGCAGGUCCAGAAUCCAGCAGGAGGGUCUAAAGAGGUCCUUCUUUUCCAAAGAGUCUCCCAGGGGAGAGAAGAAGGAGAGCAAGUGCCCGACCCCGGGCUGUGACGGGACGGGUCACGUCACCGGCCUGUACCCGCAUCACCGCAGCCUCUCCGGGUGUCCCCACAAAGACCGCGUUCCACCUGAGAUUCUUGCCAUGUAUGAAAAUGUUUUAAAGUGCCCGACGCCUGGCUGCUCUGGACGCGGCCAUGUCAAUAGCAACAGGAACUCUCAUCGCAGUCUGUCGGGCUGUCCCAUCGCUGCAGCAGAGAAAAUGUCAAAGGUUCACGAGAAAGUUUCGCCCACAGAUGUCGGCUCCAAAAUCAGCCAGGCAUCAGACCGAGUUCUUAGGCCAAUGUGUUUCGUCAAGCAGCUGGAGAUUCCUCAGUACGGCUUCAAGAACCACGUUCCCACCACAACGCCACGCUCCAACCUGGCCAAGGAGCUGGAGAAGUACUCCAAGACCAGCUACGACUACGGAGGCUACGAUGGGCAACAUGGCGGCUACGGGAAGAGAGGCCACGUGAGCAGGUCACAGCACGGACGGGACUCCUCCCCGCGAGGAUACGAAGCCAAACGCUACUGCAAGACGUCGAGUCCGGCGAGCAGCAGCAGCAGCAGCUACGCUCCCAGCAGCAGCAGCCUGAGUGGAGCUGGCGGCGGCGGCGGCAGCAGCGCCAGCAGCACCUGCAGCAAGAGCAGCUUCGACUACACGCACGACAUGGAGGCGGCACACAUGGCCGCCACCGCCAUCCUCAACCUGUCCACCAGGUGUCGCGAGCUGCCACACACCCAGCUGACCCGGGUACUGGCCCAGACCGGCGGAUCCGCGCCCACACCUGUCGGCUCACAGGCUCCACUCUGUGCGCAGUGUCGCAGUCCGGCAGGAGAGCCGUCGGGAGAGCCGGAGGAUGGGAGCGCCGCUGACGCCUUGGGUCCUCCUGGCGGUCCCACGGUGUUGACGCCGCUGCAGCCCAUGUCGCCGCAGCGACAGGCCCUUCUGACCAGCCGCUGCUUCCAGAUGAGCCAGGCCGAGGCCUGGGAACUUCCAGGGCUGAAUCGACUGGAGCACAAGGAGGGCGAUGAGCCGGACCCGUUCCUGGACCCGGUGGAGGAUCAGCAGUUCCCGGGCAGUCCCAAACAGCACAAGUUCUCCCCCUGCAAGGAGAAGAAGGAGCUGGUGUCAAGCUGUCAACUCGCCGACAAGAACCACCGCGGGAUCCUGACACCCGGCGCUCAGGAGCUCAGGUGUCCCACUCCGGGCUGUGAUGGUUCUGGACACAUCACCGGGAACUACGCCUCCCACAGGAGCCUCUCCGGGUGCCCUCGAGCCAAGCGGAGUGGACUCAAGCUUGUUCACAGCAAAGACGACAAGGACGAGCAGGAGCCCAUCAAGUGCCCGGUGCCUGGCUGUGACGGACAGGGUCACGUGACGGGUAAGUACGCCUCACACCGCAGCGCGUCUGGCUGCCCACUGGCGGCCAAGAGGCAGAAAGACAGCUACAUCAAUGGCUCACAGUUUGUCUGGAAGUCGGGCAAGACUGACGGGAUGACGUGUCCGACCCCGGGCUGCGACGGCUCCGGACACGUCAGCGGGAGCUUCCUGACUCACCGCAGUCUCUCCGGUUGUCCGCGCGCCACCACUGCCAUGAAGAAAGCUCGCAUCAGCGGCGUGGACAUGCUCUCCAUCAAGCAGCGGGCCAGCAAAGGCAUCGAGAACGACGAGGAAAUCAUGCAGCUGGACGAGGAGAUCAAGGGCCUGAGUGAGUCCAACAGCCAGGUGGAGUCCGACACCAUCAAGCUGAGGACUCAGAUCGUCACCAUGGAGACCAGCCUGCGCUCCAUGGAGGAGGAGAACAAGGCCAUGGAGCAGCAGAACGACUCGCUCCUGCAUGAGCUGGCCAGCCUGAGCCAGACACUCAUCCACAGCCUCGCCAACAUCCAGCUGCCGCACAUGGAGCCGAUGAAUGAGCAGAACUUCGACACGUACGUGAGCACGCUGACCGACAUGUACACCCACCAGGACCAGUACCAGAACCCGGAGAACAAGGCCUUGCUGGAGAACAUCAAGCAGGCGGUACAGGGGAUCCAGGUCUGAGCCAUGGAUGCAAAAACAAUAAGAAAAAAAACAGGCUGGAUCUUUGGUUCAGCCCUUCAUCGCCGUCUAUAUUUAAUUUUAAAAUAUGAAACUGAAGUUUUGUACGUUUUCAUAUCGAUGUGGUUUUUGUCAUCCGUUUGCACAUUCCAAAGGAUUUUGAACUGUCCGUCACUCGCCAUGGGGGGCGCCAGUCGGCCAGUCGUGAUGCUGACCUGGUGGACCACGGAUGAGGAUCAGCGAAGUAACAGUCGUGACAAUCUGCCACGGGGAGGGAGGGGGGGGGACGGGCCCAGUUUUUGUAUGUGGUUUUGUACACACCUUUGACUCCAGUCACGUCGCGGGAGCGUGUUCCGGACUUGGAUCGAGUAACAGAGUAACAGGGUCUCACGUCGCCAUCCUUCACUGUAAAUGGUCAUUUUGUCAAAGGCUGGUCACCAUGGCAACAGGAGGGGACCCACGCCGUUUAGAAACCUGUGAACCAUCGUGCAUGCACUUUACUUCAGUAUUAGCAACGCAACAACCCAAACAACUGAGCUCUGAGAUGAGGUCAGAGGUCACGGUGCAAGGCUUCGUCCUCUGCUGGACAAGAACAAUGUGUGAAUCGAGUGUCAGAAAACCAUGAGACAAACGGAAGUCAAAGCACAAUCCUGCCACCUCGUGGCGAGACGCUCCUGUAUGUAGACAUGCAGUUGGAAUAAAAGGCUCAUCUGUGACGUCAGACCUGCCCGAGGCUCUGUUUUCCUCUCGGCUCCUAUUGAAGCAGUGGCAUGAACUUCUGCUGAUGUUGAUGUGAACCGUCUGUUGGUGGUGACGUUUUGUACUUUUUCUACCAUGUCGCGUCUCUGCUUCAGUAAAUUUCUUGUGUCGCACUCCACCUCUGCUUCCCGCCCGUAGUUGCGGCCGCGGCUGAAGCGUGAGCAUCCGCCUCCGACACGAGGUCAGACGCGUCCGCUCC